AUGAAGCUGUGGUGGUCUUCAUUGAUUGAAGGGAAGAAGGAGUACAAUUGGGAUUGUGAAAUUGAUAGGAAAGAAGAAAAGAAACAGAAGGCGUUGUUGCCCUUGAUGACACACCAAGGUGAUUCCUAUGUGGCACUUGAAGGGACAUAUGAGUCAUUGGUGGAGGGAGGUCAUCAUGGCUCCCAUGAUCAUGAAGAAGAGUUUGAGUUCAGCGAAGUGUUAAGGUUUGAGAAGAUGGGACAGAUUGGGGGUGGGGGUGGUAUUAAAUGUGGUGAAAAAGUCGGCCCCACCACUAAGUCUGCUUUACUUGCCCUAGCUGCUCAUGCUACUGAUCCUGAUGAAGCUGAGAGACUGAAAUUCCUUGCAUCUCGUGCUGGAAACGAUGAAUAUGCUUAGUGGAUAGUGUCAAGCCAAAGAAGCCUUCUUGAAGUCAUGGAGGCUUUCCCUUCAGCUAAACCUCCACUUGGUGUUUUCUUUGCAUCUGUUGCCCCUCGCUUACAACCUAGAUGCUACUUAAUUUCUUCCUCCCCUAAGUUGGCACCAGAAAGGAUUAAUGUUACUUGUGCAUUAGUGUAUGAGAAAACACCAUCAGGACGUGUCCACAAAGGAGUUUGUUCCACCUGGAUGAAGAUUGCAGUGCCAAUGACAGAAAGUGAAGAUUGUAGUUGGGCACCUAUUUUUGUUAGAACAUCAAAUUUCAGACUUCCAUCUGAUCCUAAAAUCCCAAUUAUUAUGAUUGGUCCAGGAACCAGAUUGGCUCCUUUUAGGGGUUUCCUUCAAGAAAGAUUAGCCCUAAAGGAAUCCAGAUCCCAACUUGGAUCAUCCGUUUUAUUUUUUGGAUGCAAAAUUCGUAAAGUAAGUUAUGAUUUUGUAUCCAAAGUUGUUAAUAUAGCCGUGAAAGAACUCAUUGCAGUUGCCACCAACAGAGAAGGGGCUACAAAAGGUGCUGGAGUUAGUGAUGAAAGACAAGGUUCAGAUUCAAUACUCUAG